CUUCAAUUCAUAAAACAAUCAACAAAUAUGAAACUGAUAAUCACGUUAUUAUUGGCAAACAUUCUAUGCGCCUAUGCACUUACUGAUAAGGAGGAAUGGAUCAAUUUCAAAUCUAAGAAUGGUAAAGUAUACAAAAAUCCUGCUGAAGAGAUGAAACGCUUCUCGAUCUUCCAAUCGAAUUUGCGUAGAAUUGAAGCUCAUAAUGCACAACAAGAACAAGGUCUCUCAUCGUACAGAAUGGGAGUCACAGUAUUCGCAGAUCUCACGCCUGAGGAGUUCAAAAGUAUGAUGAAAUUAUCCAAAGUUGGAGAACCAGAACAUGAAGAACGUAACCCGACAGUUAAGUUUCAAGGAGAACUUCCUGAAGAAGUUGAUUGGAGGAAAAAGGGCGCUGUAACAGGAGUCAAAAAUCAAUUGGCUUGCGGAUCCUGCUGGAGUUUCAGUACUACGGGAACAGUAGAGGCUGCAAACUAUAAAAAAACUGGUAAAUUGGUUUCUCUAAGCGAACAAAACUUAGUGGAUUGCGAUAAAAACGAUCACGGAUGUGGUGGAGGAUUCAUGAUAAGCGCACUUGAAUAUAUAGAAAAAAACGGAAUUAUGUCGGAGAAAGAUUACCCUUACGAAGCUAUAGAUGAUAAGUGUAGAUUUAACAAUUCUGAUGUAGCUGUGAAAAUUUCCUCAUUCACAAAAGUUACAAUUGGAGAUGAGGAUGAUCUAAAAGAAAAAGUCGCAUUAAUUGGACCCGUUUCUGUGGCAAUUGAUGCAACCUUUAAUUUUCAGUUAUAUAGCUCAGGAGUAUUCGAUGAUAACUCCUGCGGAAAUGAUUUACAAUCUUUGGACCAUGCGGUAUUAGCUGUGGGAUAUGGUAGUGAAAACGGAAAGGAUUACUGGAUUGUUAAAAACUCAUGGGGAACCGAUUGGGGAAUGGAUGGUUACAUUUUGAUGUCCAGAAACAAGAAAAAUCAAUGUGGAAUUGCCACAUAUGGAGUCGUAGCUACAAUGUAGAAAUGUAGAUGUAGGUAAUUCGUUAGAAUAUAAUCGUUAGAAUUACAAGUGAGUAGUUCUGUUAAUAUAUCUGUUAAAUGAAAUAAAUGUUC